GAGGGCGCUACGAUCUUUCAACUAAUGAGCUUGGCAGAGUUUGUGAUGGGUUAUUAAGGUGUUGGGUAUAUGUGAUGAAACGUGUAUUUUGCGAAUACAGUGAUAAAAUACCUUCUUCAAGAUGAACAUGUCAGUAGAGAAGAGAAAAUGCCCGUCGGCUUUGCCGAUCAAUUGGCCAUCACGGGAGGAACCGUCGAGAAAGAGCCAGAACCAGUUGGCGUCAUCGGGAAAGGUCGAUGUUUAUUAUUACAACCGAGGGAGAAGCGACGCGACGUUAGUACCGCCGAUCAGGCAAACUGCAUCGAUUUUUAAACAACCGGUGACCAUUUACAAGAUGCAGGAAGGGAAAGUGAAGGACGUAAAGCAAACAGGUACUCAGGAGAAACCGAAGCAGGAAGGAAGCGAAAAAACUGAUGGCAAAUAUGGCUCCCAAGAUAAGCCUAAGCAGCUGUUCUGGGAGAAACGUUUGGAGAAAUUGCGGGCUUGCGACCCCAACGGCUAUGAAUUCGACGCGAUGGACUUGCCAAAAAACUUAAAGCCAGUGGGGCCAAAUAUCACGGAAGAGACUCUGCUGCAGAGUGUCGCCACCGCGCUACACGUUUCUACUAAUGCAGUUACGGGACAAACGGGCCCAAAAGCAGCCUUGGAGAAGAACCCAGGCGUGUUUCUUAAUCCGGAACAACCACUUGUACAGGCGGUCUCGAUAGCGGAUGACGAUCUCAAGAAGCAAGAGGAGCGAGUGGCUAUUGCAAGAAAAAAACUUCAAGACGCGCUACGUGCUCUGCAUACCUAAAGUGUGUUUAUGUUAUGACCGACGUUAUUCGUUUUCAUCUCUUAAUUUUUAAUUUAGUUAAGUCCGUUAUAAAUUAUGUCGCAAUAUCUUUUGUAAUAAAUGUUUUUGUAAAGAAAAGAAAA